AUGAUGGAAAAGAGCGCAGCAAAAGGCUCGAAGCGCAAGCGUGCCCUUGCCGCUGAACAGCCAACCAAAAAACGAAGGUCUUCUAGCGAGGAAGCCGAAGCCGCAAGUGCCAGAAUCCUGUCAACGGAACGGUCCAUUCUAGAAUCAAAAAAGAACUACAAUGAAAUCCCGGGUUUGCUCAGGAUUGCGGAGCAAGUCGAGAAUGGCGAACCGGACGCAAUGCUAGCCUCGGUCGCUCUCUGCAGGGUGUUCAUACGGCUGCUGGCCCAGGGAUCUUUUGUCGCAAGGAAGUCGCAGGCGGAAAAAGACGCCGUGGUUGUUUCCUGGCUGAAGGGUCAAUAUUCUCAGUACAAGCGAGUGUUGAUGAGCCUUUUGGGCAGGGGAGAGCAUGCCGUGACAGCCCUCACACUCAGCAUGAGGCUGCUCAAGGCCGAGGGCGAGUUUUUCACCAAUAAGGAUGAGUACUCGUUCCCGACCGCUUUCCUCGAGAGCAUUGUCAAGGCCGUGGUAGCCUCGAACGAUGAAGACUUGAGGCGGAGCUUCAUUCAGGAAUUCGCGGAGCAAUACGAUGACAUUCGGUUUUUCACCUUCAAGUCAAUCAAGAACCUUGUGGAGAGUUUGGCAGCGGGACCCGAGGCCGAUGGUUUGUUUGGCCGAGCGUUUGCCUUGAUUUCGGCCCUCGACGGGAUACCCGAAUCCGCGGACGACUUGCAAGACUUUUACGUUGCCAAGCCUCGGAAGAAAUCGCAUCCUUUGUGCUCGGUGACGCAGCACAAAAAGCACGGGCAGGAGGCGUGGCUGGCCCUGAUGAGAAUGGUCGACACCAACGAUGAGAGGAAGCGCAUACUGGACAAGAUAUCGACGGUUAUCGCGCCGUGGUUUACGAAGCCAGAGAUACUCGCGGAUUUCCUCACGAGCUGCUACGACGCCGGCGGGUCCCUGUCUCUUUUGGCCUUGUCGGGCGUCUUCUACCUGAUUCGGGAGCGAAACCUGGAUUACCCCUCCUUCUACGCCAAGCUGUACUCGUUGCUCGACCGAGACGUUCUGCAUUCCAAGCACCGGUCGCGGUUCUUCCGUCUCUUGGACACGUUUCUGGCGUCGACUCACCUUCCCGCCGCUCUGGUUGCGAGCUUUCUCAAGCGGCUUUCUCUUCUCUCGCUGAACGCUCCUCCAAGCGCCGUAGCUGUCGUCGUUCCCUGGAUCUACAACAUGCUGAAACGUCACCCCGCAUGCACGUUUAUGCUUCACCGCGUCGUCAGGGACGCAGAGGCGAAGCAGCAGGUGAAGGAGCUGGGGUUCACGGAUCCGUUCGUGCCAGAAGAAACGGAUCCGAUGAAGACGAAGGCGAUUGAGAGUUGCCUGUGGGAGCUUGUGCAGCUACAAUGCCACUAUCACCCCAACAUUGCAACGAUUGCAAAGAUGGUAUCGGAUCAGUUCACCAAGCAAGCUUACAACAUGGAGGACUUUUUGGACCAUUCAUAUGCCAGUCUUCUGGAGGCAGAGUUGGGCAAGGAUGUCAAGAAGGCGCCAGUCAUCGAGUUCCAGAUUCCCAAGAGAAUAUUCGUGCCGGAUGAAUCAGCAGCGCCGGCAAACAACUUGCUGGUGAGAUUGUGGGACUUUGGCACGCACGGCGAAGUGAUUGACGUGACGUGA